AGAAAUUGGUACUUUUAUUCACCAAAGUGGCAUUCAACUGAUCACAAUUUAUAUUCAGGACAUUAAUAACUUGAAAAAUUACUAAUACAAUUUGAAAAAAAAAACUACUUCAAAGAGUUCUCAUCAAAAAAUCCUCCACGCACAGCAAUGACAGCUUUGCAGAUCCUUGACAUUCUAGCUGUCAGUUUGUCCAGAUACUCAGGUGACAUUUCACCCCACACUUCCUGUAGCACUUGCCAUAGAUGUGGCUGUCUUGUCGGGCACUUCUUACACACCUUACAGACUAGCUGAUCCCACAAAAGCUCAAUGGGGUUAAGAUCCAUAACACUCUUUUCCAAUUAUCUGUUGUCCAAUGUCUGUGUUUCUUUGCCAACUCUAACUUUUCUUUUUGUUUUUCUGUUUCAAAAGUGGCUUUUUCUUUGCAAUUCUUCCCAUAAGGCCUGCACCCCUGAGUCUUCUCUUUACUGUUGUACAUGAAACUGGUGUUGAGCGGGUAGAAUUCAAUGAAGCUGUCAGCUGAGGACAUGUGAGGCGUCUGUUUCUCAAACUAGAGACUCUGAUGUACUUAUCCUCUUGUUUAGUUGGACAUCUGGCCUUCCACAUCUCUUUCUGUCCUUGUUAGAGCCAGUUGUCCUUUGUCUUUGAAACAUGCCAGUCUAUUGCACACUGUGGCAACUCAAAAACAAAAACAAAGAUAAUGUUAAGCUUCAUUUAAUGAACCAAAUAGCUUUCAACUGUGUUUGAUAUAAUGGCAAGUGAUUUUCUAGUACCAAAUUAGUAAUUUAGCACGAUUACUCAAGGAUAAGGUGUUGGAGUGAUGGCUGCUGUCUAGAUUUGAUCAAAAAUGACUUUUUCAAAUAGUGAUGGUGCUGUUUUUUAUAUCAGUAAUGUCCUGACUAUACUUUGUGAUCAGUUGAAUGCCACUUUGGUGAAUUUAAGUACCAAUUUCCUUUCGAAACAGUGAAAUCUGUACAUUAUUCCAAACUUUUGGCUGCCAAUGUAUGUGAAGUCAAUUUUUUUUAGAUUACCUACACCUUUUUUUAAUGACCAUUUUUAACAGUGUAUAUACCUGGUACAAAUAGGCCUAACAUCUUUAAGAAUGUUGGUUGUCCAGUAGUGUAUGACUUCCUUCUCCCGAACACAAACAAAGAUUUUUUUAGAAGAAUAUUUCAGCUCUGAACGUCUUCACUAUGCAAGUGAAUGGUCAAAGGUGGAGAUUUAUAGUAAAAAAAAAAAAAGGACUUAAAUAUUGAUCUGUUUCUCACCCACAUCUAUUAUAUAACGUCUGAAUACAUGGAUUUAACCACUGGAUUCUUAUGGAUUACUUAUAUGCUGCCUUUAUGUGCUUUUUGAGCUUCAAAGUUCUGCCCACCAUUCGCCUGCAGUGAAUGGACCUACAGAGCUGAAAUAUUCUGAAAAAAAUCUCUGUUUUCUGCUGAAUUGAAGACAAAAAGUCAUACACAUCUGGGAUGGCAUGAUAGUGAGUAAAUAAUUAGAAAAUUGUCAUUUUUGGGUGAACUAUCCCUUUAAGGACCUAAAAUACUAAACAAUGAAAAAAAACAUUGACAUAACAGAAUAGUACUAGAUGUCAGACCAAACAAAACGAUCAAUUGUGCGCUUACAAAACAAAAUAUUUUACACACUGUCAGAUUUUUGCGUACUUACAGUUCAGAGCAGCAGUACUCAGCGCGUGCACGUGCAGCGCUGUCACUGUCAAAUACAGGCGCGCGCACAAGGGGCGUGGUUUAAUCUGACGUCGCGCGCGACUUCACCUAUCAGAAGCGCGCGAAAAACCGUUUGAGUUCAAAACUGAAGCGGCGCCAGCACAGUUAAACACCGACACUCGGCGGCGAUUACACGCGAAUUGUUCCACAUUUCACCUUUUCCCGAGAAUGUCUUCAGCGAAAAAGCAGAUUUACUAUUCCGACAAGUAUUCAGACGAGCAAUAUGAAUACAGACACGUUAUGCUUCCCAAACAGCUUUCCAAACUGGUUCCUUCCUCCCAUCUAAUGUCAGAGGACGAAUGGAGAGGACUUGGAGUCCAGCAAAGUCAGGGCUGGAUCCAUUACAUGAUCCACAAACCAGGGUUUGUUGACAUUACAUCAUCAUGGCAACGAAGUUGUAAAAAUGGCUAUAACUUUACACAGGAAAGAACCUCACAUUCUGCUAUUCCGAAGACCACUUCCCAAAGAAUGAGAGGAAGUCGGAAGAUUAUCAUCGGAAGUUAAAAUAUGUGGUCCACCCAGGCCAUGCGUGCAUUUCUUUCCAUACAUUAUGAUUUGUAUGUAAGUUUUAUUAUUUGCAGAUCUAUGGUCAUGAAAUGUUACUCCUCGUCCCCCAUCCCCUUAAAUUCGGUGGUAUGAUGGCAGCAGGAGCUUGGAGGAACAGGCUGCCUCCUCCAAAUCUGUUCAGAUGUGUUUUCUUUCAAUCUACACUGAAGUCAUUUAAAAUAAGUUGGAUGGUAUUACAGAUCUAGUACUUGGCCCUUUCGUUUAUAGAAGGAAUAAUUUUGAGUGGCAUUUUUAUUUUAUUUUUUGUACACUACAAUGCUUUCCAUUACACAAUUGCUGUAGUUAACAUGUCCACCUUGUAAAGUUGAUGAGUAAACACUUGUUUGUUCCUCAUUUGUUGUUGACAAAUCAAUAAAUAUUAUUUUUAUUAGCUUA